CCUGGUGUAAUGCAGGCGGUGUUCGGCGCUGUGCCAUGUGUGCUGCCCCGCGUUCUGUGUCAUGGCGGUCAAGGGGGGACCUACUUAACUCGGACCCGGAUCGGCCAGUGGGGUAGGGCUUUUGCAGAUCCUCGUGCGUUUUCGCGAGUGCCCAGCUACCAACUCCUGCAGGAAGGUGUCGGCUUGGACUUCUUUUCUUCUUCCUUGAUUCCUUGGUAGUAUACGAAGUAGAGUUUUGCGCAUUCUGAGGGAAGAAAGAGAACAUGUUCGGGUUCGGUGAUAAGAAGGCCGCAGCGAAUGCAGAGACCGAAUCGCCUAUUCCGUCGGUAAUUGACGAUGCUGGUGUUCUGGGCGAGAAGACGUUCUACGCCAACAAGGACGCGCAGGGCAACGAUGUCGUCGACGCCAACGCGCCCGCCGUGUGCCCACCGCAUACGACCGAGGCGGCCCUGAUGCGCAGGGUCGACAUGAGGGUCAUUCCGUGUCUCUGCGUGCUAUACCUCCUUGCCUUCCUCGACAGAGUGAAUAUCGCCAAUGCGAAAUCCUUCGGGCUGGUCGAAGACCUCCACCUCAUCGACGUGACCGGCAAGACGUCGAGCGUCAAAUACAACACCGCCCUCACAAUCUUCUUCGUGCCGUACAUCUUCUUCGAGAUCCCGGCCAACAUCCUGCUCAAGAAACUGCGCCCGCAUGUCUGGCUCUCGGGCUGUAUGUUCACCUUCGGCCUCGUCUCCAUCUGCCAGGGCCUCGUACAAAACUACUCCGGCCUCCUCGCCACGCGCUUCUUCCUCGGCAUGAUGGAAGCUGGCAUGUUCCCCGGCUGCUUCUUCCUCAUCGGACUCUGGUACAAGCGCACCGAAGCGCAGCGCCGGUACUCCUUCUUCUUCUCCUCCACCACCCUCGCCGGCGGCUUCGCUGGCCUCCUCGCCUCCGCAAUCGGCAAAAUGGACAUGCUGAGCGGCUACCGCGGGUGGCGCUGGAUCUUCAUCCUCGAGGGCGUGCUGACCUGCGUCGUCGCCAUCAUGUUCUUCUUCAUGCUCCCCUCCUUCCCCGAGAACGCCAAGUGGCUCACCGAAGACGAGCGCGCGUACGUCAUCGGCCGUCUGCGCGUCGACCAGGGCCGCUCGGCGGCGGAGCGCAGCAUCACCCUCCGCGACGUUGGACGCGUCUUCAAGGACUACAAGAUCUACAUCGGCGGAAUCAUGUACUUCGGGCUGAUCGUCCCAGCCUACUCGUACGCCUUCUUCGCACCCGCCAUCAUCUCCAGCUUGAACUACAGCCCCAUCCAGACGCAGCUGCGCUCCGUUCCUCCCUGGGCUGCUGCAUUCGGCUUCUCCAUGAUCGUAGCCUGGUUCAGUGACCGCACCGGCCACCGCUUCGCCUUCUGCCUUCUGCCAAUGUGCGUCUCGAUGGUGGGCUUCGCAAUGCUCUUCAGCAUCCACAACAACGUCAUGGCGCAGUACAGCGCGCUCUUCCUGAUCGCCAUGGGCACCUACUCCGCCAUGCCCGUCAUCGUGUGCUGGUUCAACAUGAAUCUCGGCGGGCACCACCGGCGCGCCGUCGGCACGGCGUGGCAGGUUGGCUUUGGUAAUAUCGGCGGCAUCAUCGCGACGUACAGUUUCCUCGAUUCAGAUAAGAAGAACCACUACCGCAAUGGGUAUAGCAUCUGCAUCGGCUUCAUCUGUCUCAGCGCCGCGGCGUGCUGCGCGUACGCCGUUGCGGUCGUGUAUGAGAACCGGAAGAGGGAUAAGGCGGUUGGGACGUCGAUGUUGACCGAGGAUGAGAAGGCGGAGCUGGGGGAUUUGAGCCCCGAUUAUCGCUAUCUGUUGUAAUAAACUUGGCGUUGCUGCGAUUUAUGCUUCUACAUAAUCUUCGAUUAGUACUAUACUAUAGCUAUGCGAAUGGUGUUGGAAGUUAUACAUAUCUGUGACGGGAGGCAUAUAGGUAGAUGAAGAGGCGGCGCUGGGACAACCUCGCUGGUGAAAGUGACACAAUUGCACCAACAGAUACUUUCGUUCCAGCCUCGUAUCUCUCUUCUAUCCUUGUCCCUCUUAUCUUCCUCUCCACGCGUCAACUUACCCCAUUAUUUCACUUCCCCUGCUCCCCUAGACCCUACAUCUCCAUCUCAAAGCCGAACUCCCCAUCACGUGUCUAUCUAAUCAUAAAACCACGUGACUACCAACCAUCCCAAUGAGAAAUCCUUUCUGAAUCACAAACCCAGUAAUCCCCCUACAAACCUUAACAAAAGACAGUUCUAGAACAUAUAACACACACUUAAAAGACAUUAAAACUGAACUGAACCAUACAUAUGCACGAUUUUUAUAAGGGUG